AUGGUUUGUAAAGAAUUCGAGGAAUUAUGUGGAAAAUUCGGGAGUCUAAGUCCUCAUAAAAGGAUAGAUAUCAUGUGCGGAAUGCUACGUAUGUGCUUGCCCCCCGAGUUGAGAUUCAUAGGCUCUGUGGUCGAGGAUCUAGCGAAAAAAGAUUAUCACUUUUUACGAGAACAUGAAAUCAGAGCAAACAGUCAGGAGAAACUUAGUGAAAUUAAACAUAACGAUCCGCAUGCACUUGCUAAAAGCAUGGCUCUGAGCCUUGCCCUGUUACACUCGUGGAAUGCAAGUUGUGCAAACAUCAUCUUCGAAAUUUUAACCAGCAACUUGAAAAGUGCUUUCGAUGUAACUUGGGCUACAGAUUCCGCAACUCGAGAUGUAAUUUUAUUGGUGCUUAUGAUGGCUAAAAACCAUCCAGCUUUUACAUUUUAUCAAAAGACUGUCAUCGGCGAUCAUAAUGAAAGGCAAAAUGUCUUACUGACGUCAAACUUAGAAACUCAAGCCAGUGUAAGCACAAGCACAACAACCACCAGCACAAUUGCCAUGGCAACCAGUCACGUCCAGCAGGGUCCUAUGAUACCCAGGGCCUGUACCUGUUCCACGACAACGCCUGUCAACUCCAGUCCCCCAUUCCCAACUCCCUCACCUCACAAACACAAAGUCCAUAUCUGUAACAUUGAUGUAAAACAAGACAAAGGACACCGACGACAUGAGAGAAAACAUGAAUAUCGGUUACAGGUCACAUGGAGUAAUGGAGAGAUUAGUAUAGUUAGCAAGACCUAUCAGGAGUUACGCGAGUUCCAGGCCAAGUUGGUGAAGGAGUUUGCUGCAGAAGCUAGUGCUCAUAAACAGGACAGGAAGCUGCCAUUCCUUGGUAAUACAAGCUCAGGUAUACGUGAAGACAUCAUAAAUUAUACCAAACAACUGACACAGCAGUCACAACAUAUCCUUGAGUGUGAUCUUGUGCAGCAGUUUUUCCAGCAAGGAAUAAACACUGCCUCCACCUCUCCUCCUAGUCCUGCAGGUUCCUACGCACCUGCCAAGUCCCCAGUCAAGGCUGUACCCACCACCGUCAGCAAGAACAGCUCUGAAGCUGCAGAAUCUGUGAUAUCCAACCACCAUCCAUCCCAGCCUCUAGUGAUUCACAACUCAAACCUACCACAGACCAUAGACAAUGUUGAUGUUACCGGCGUGAGCUGUGUCCCACUCAAAGGACAAGUCAACAACAAGCCUGUGAUGUCAGUCCAAAGACCCAUGGGCCCAUCAUCACCACACCAGUCUCCUCAGUCCUCCAAUGGGGCUUCGCCUAACAACAGUCGGUCUAACUCUCCUGGUGACACAAAUCACAAUCCAGAAUUGGCACUUAUCCAGUUCCUUCUUAGCAAACUUAACCUGCAGAAACACAGAAACCAUUUGGAGAAGUACACAUCGGAACAGUUGUGUUGCAUGAAAGUUGAUGAUUUACUGCUGAUUGGACUGUCUAAAGAAGAGGCUCUGAAACUCAAAAAUGAGGCAGAAUUGAUCUAUAGAGAGAAGAUGUCGCACCCACCCAAUGGCUUGAUUGAGAGUUCUAUGGGAGGACCACGUGGCCACCCAUCACCUCCAAUGGUUAUGCCACUUCCUCACCAGUUGGCCGUCCACCCCCAAGGUGGGGCACUGACCCAGCCUCCUCUCUAUCCACAUAUGUUUAUCUACUCACCAUUCCCGCCCGGUCCCCCAGGUCUCACCCAGACACGUGACAGCUCUCCAUCUGGCUCUGAUUACUCCAGCCCCUCCCCAAGUCCUCGUCCACAGAAGAAGGGCACAGCAAUCCUUAUGCCAAACAGUGUGCCAAAGAACUCGGACAGCUCCUCAGAUGAUAAUGAGAAAGACAAACUUACUGGAUUAGAGACUGGACGACUCCCGAGCCAGAACCAGGUACCAUCACCCAUGGGAGUGGAGGACACUAAUUCUACCCCGCUCCUGCCUGGGAUGCCCUCUCCGAUGUUUGUCCAUGGAGAUGGCCCACCUGUGCCACCAAUGGGAAGUGGAUAUCAGUCAGAUCCCACUCCAUCAGCGUUCCUGCCACGUGUUCCAUCAAUGAUAACUCGACCUAACUACAAGGCUCAGCCAGCUCACACCAACCUUAAUAUUCCACCCAAACAUGUUAUCAGCAUGCCCCCAGAUAGUCUCAAACGUAACGGUCCUUUUGCAAGCAUACCAAUUGGAAUGGCACCUCCCAUACCACGCAGUGAUGGCCAAACUAUUACUACAAGUGUCAUGACGGCUGCCAACAGUUCUGCUAAUUCAGGCUUCAGUUUCAUAGAUCCUGGUAAACUCAAUUUUAACUGGAUGCAAGUACCUCAAGUUCCAGGAUACCAGAUCAGACCACCAUUAAUCAAUGGUAACCAGCGUGGCUUCACCUGUAAUGUUACUAACGCUACAUCUAUUACCAUGUCAACUCAGUCUGUGAGUUGCGGAGCCAUCCAUCCAGGUCACCCAGGCAACAGCUUAAAGAAUUCCAGUAGUCAUGGUCAGCUGUCAGUUGAAGCUGGUUGUGGUCCCCAGGAAAAUGUCCACUCUGUGUCACCAUUGGUACAAAACUCUAGUCCCAGCCCAGCAACCACAAGUGGCUGCUCGGGGUCACACAUCUUGCAUGCUGCCACCAGCCAGGCCAGCACCACUUGUUCAAGUGCCACCUGCAGCUCAUGUGGGAGUCCAUGUGGCCAUGCCUACCCAGCCACCUACCCUUAUCACACUAAUUCCCUUCCCCACCCACUCAACCAUGCUCCAUUCUGGCAUAUGUCACCACACUUCUCCUCCUCCUCAAAUGGACUUAUACCACAGAUGUUACGGUAUCCAGGUAUCCCCUACCACAUACCACAGUCAAAUAGCUUUCCCAAUGGACUCACUCCAGACAUUCUGUCUCUCAACAACCACCCUUUUAUAUCUCAUGGGGUUCCAACACCUUUCAUGACCCAGAGAAGUUCUUCUGGUUACUAUCCAUACCAUACCCUGGUACGGCAACCCAGCCGAGAGGAGAAGUCCCGCAAAGCCUCCUGUAGCAACUGUGGUUCACCUGACCACAAUGCAGCCGAAUGUCGUGAAAACUCUAUGGAACAUUUUGUUGGUCACUUCAGGUUGAAUUAUGAGCCAAAAUCAAAUUCGGACUAAGAAACAUUUGUCCAAGGGAGACAAUCGACACAAGGUGAGACAGCUUGGCAGCGUUCAACAGGAAGGAAGAAAUAACCUUGGCUAUGUUCAACAAGAAGACUUUGUUCAACUGGAGGGAGAAAUUUACAUAAACCAAAUUCAAUCUGAGGGAAAGACAAACUAGCUUAUAUUCAGCAGGAAGAGUGACAAACUUUACUGUCUUUGUAAGAAGGGAUUGAUAAAUUCUUUUUCAAUAUGAUGGAGAUAUCAGCUUUGCCCUAGUUUCACAGGGAUAGAAAACUUUUUUGGAGAAAAGACUCGUAUUAUAGUGACAGUGAUCCUUGUUGAUAUAGGGAAUGGGGUUACAUUGGAAUCUUAGU